AUGGUUGGCUUAGCGCUUCUCAUUGGGCUUCUAAGUUUCUCACACAUCGACCAAACAGCUGCCAAAGAUGUCGGUGCGUAUUUCGAUACCAAGAACACACAAGCCUUCGAGCACGACUUUGGGUCGUUCCCAUACAAGACUUUCCGCUCGUCCGACCUGAUAUCGCCAAUCUUACGGCGGCCGAAUGAUUCGCCGCAGUGCCACGACGACAGCUACAUUUUCUUGACACCUCGAGGAUAUCAGGUGCCGCAUCCAGCAGUCACAAUUAUGGACGGCGAUGGUGAACUGGUCUGGGAGCAUUGUGUUGACGGUCAAGGAUACAAUCUCAAAGUCCAGGAAUAUAUGGGACAGCAGGUGCUUACGUUCUGGGUCGGGAAUGAUGGCGUGGGUGGCCAUGGCGAAGGCGACUACUAUAUGGUUCGUUGUGCAACAUGUCUUGAUUGUAGUCAUCUUCUGACGACAAGGUUGCAGUACAACUCCCGAUAUGAGGAAAUCGCGAAAAUCUCAGCUCUGAAUGGACUACACGCCGACCUGCAUGAGUUGACCGUCACUCCACAAGGAACCGGCAUCAUGACUAUCUAUGAGAUCUACCCGAUUACCUCGCCCGGCUUCGUGGACGACACAGAUGUGGUUUGGGUUUGGGACUGCGUCUUCCAAGAGAUAGAUAUAGCGACAAACGAACUUGUCUUCCAAUGGCGCGCAUCCGAACACCACAGCUUGGAAGAAACGUAUCGGAAGAUUGGAGAUGAAGGACGAGUGUCCAAUCGCCCCUGGGACUGGUAUCAUAUGAAUAGCAUUCAGAAAGACGAACUUGGCAACUAUCUGGUCUCUGCGAGGUACACACACACCAUCACCUACAUUGAUGGAAGAACAGGUGCGAUCAUCUGGAUACUGGGUGGCAAACGCAACGAUUUCAACGACUUGAGUGAAGGAAAGAGCAAAGCUACCAAUAUCGCCUACCAACAUUUUGCUCGUUUUCACAACUUGACUGAAUUUCCUGUCCUGUUGGCGGACGAGAUCAAGUACCAACCGACGAAGGAUGUAGACGGUGUGACUAAGAUGCUGGUGUCUGCUUUUGACAAUGGAACGGAUAAUGAGGGCACUGGACAUCGACCUUCGAGAGGCGUCCUCAUUGAGAUCAAAUAUCCCACCAAAGGUCCAUCGACUGCCAAAGAUGCAUACACCGCCAAGCUGAUUCGAGAGUACAUCCACCCUGCCCAAUUCAUUUCCUCCAGUCAAGGAAGUAUGCAGAUUCUUCCAUCAGACAAUGGCUCCGAUCCGCGAGUCUUGCUAGGCUACGGCUAUGUAGGCGUCUGGACAGAGUUCUCUGCCGAUGGAGAUGUACUCUGUGACAAUCGCUUCUCUACCAUGUCCUCAUGGGGCACAGGAGACGUGCAAUCCUAUCGCGUCCUCAAAGCUCCCUGGAAAGGCAAGCCGGUCUGGCCACCCACUAUUGCGUCUGGCGACAACGGACACCCCUCCAUAUCUGUGAGCUGGAAUGGGGCGACUGAGGUCAAGUCAUGGAAACUGCAACAAGCUGAUGAAAGCACAUGUCCUGAUGAGGAAUGGGAAGACGUUUCUGUAACGAACAAGAAGGGAUUUGAGACCGAACUCGACAUCACAGAUGCAGACAUGCGGUUCGUUCGUGUCGUUGCGUUGGAUGCAAAUGGAGAGAUGCUUGGUAUCACUGACAGUCUCGAUCUUGGAUGGGAAAUGGGCGUCAAUAGUGUUUUCGAGAGACUGAAAGUACGUGCAAGCGAUCCUGCACAAUUGGCAAUGGUUUCCGUUGCAGUGCUUGCACUCUUCGUCAUUGGCUACGAGGGUUUCAGACAGUUCAGGUGUUGGAAGGAGAUGAGGCGGCUGGGAUAUGCGCCGGUACAUCGGCAUAGCCACGUUUGA